UUUCCAAGGAGCUUAAAUAACAGACGGACCAGCUUCCUGUUUUGAUUUAUUCGUCUUGUCUCAAUGGUCUGAUGUGUUGACGGCAAUGGGGCUUAUACUUUAUUCUAUUAGGCUAGUUGUUUAGGAAUAACUUUGCAGUUUAACAGUUCCUAACAUGGCUUUGAGCUCAGGCGGCUGGGCUCAGGUCCCUCCACCCGCACCGUUGCUUAAUGUUCAUGGAACAGCGGCUCGGUCCGGUUGCAGCACUGUGCUGAUGUCGGUCCGAGUGUCGGUGUGUCAUUCAGGACUUCGACCGCUCUGUCUGCCGGUCACCGUCGACGAGACGCUCCGUCUUCAGCUGAGUAUGGACCCCAGUCGGGCUGGAGAGUUUCGCCUGGCCCUCAGAGACACCACCAGCAGCGGUCGCAGUGUGGUCCUGGUGGAGUUUGACCUACGCACGGUGCUGUAUGACAUUAAGUCACCUCGUUGCCAUGAGCUACGGCUUCUGACACCACCUCAUGACUAUUUCACCUUUGGGUUCCGCAGUGAGCAGGAGGCGCAGGAGUGGAGCACAGUGGUCAUGUCAUCCCUGAGGGAGGCACACAGAGUUGCAAACAUGUCUGGUCAUGUUGUUACGGAUGGACAACUCACAAAAGAAACACAACAGAGUGACAGAUUGUCCUUGUCUGAGAAAGAAGAACUGUGUGCAGAACUUUCCAGAGCCAUAGAAGCGGGUGAUGCCACUGCCGCCAUUCACAGCGCCACCUCUCUCGCCAGCCACCAGGUGGUGGUGCAGAUCCAGCCGUCUGAGCACAGCUACGAGGAUGGGGAGAUCAGCCUGGCAGUAGCAGUAGAGGAUGCUUCUUCUUCCUGUUGUGUCACAGUAAAAGUUUUCCUCCACAUGACGGUGGCUUCCCUCAAACAGCAGAUGUUUCUAGACUAUGGUUUUCACCCACGUGUGCAGCGCUGGGUGAUUGGUCAGUGUCUGUGCUCAGACACCCGUUCCUUAGCGUCCUAUGGUGUGUGUCGGGACGGGGACACAGCUUUCCUGUACCUCCUCUCUGCUCGGCAGGCACGUCUGAGCCGCCAGCUGUGCCAACAAGACCAGGAAAACGCUCUCCUUAUGUCCACGCCCACGCCCGGCCUGCUACCAACUGCAAAACUGGUGAGCAACGGACCAGCUAGUCAGGAGUGGAGAAGCUACAGCACACUGCCUCCCCGACUGAGUCAUGGAAGUACAGGCAGUAGUGGAGCAGCAUCAGAGAAGCACAGCACUGGUGACAUCAUCAACCUUGAUAUGUUGCAACUCAGUGGUCCAACUGUGAAGACAAAUAACGCACAGGCAGGCUGGUCCUGUCCUUCCUGUACUUUCAUUAACAGACCCACCAGACCAGGCUGUGAAAUCUGUAGCACAGAGCGUCCAAGCCUGCCCGAGCGGAACCUCAUACAGCAGGAGAAAGGGAGAGGAGCCGGUCAAGGCAAUCACCAGGGCCUCUAAUAAGAACCAUGUUGGUACAUAAGAACACAGACUCACACAUCGCCUGCCUCACGCUGCUGUACACUUUGCCCCAAAACCAAGCCGUCACCUCGGGAUGUCCCCUUGUUUCUCCAAAAGUAAGGUUGAAGUAUGACCCGCUCCUCUCUGAGCUGUGGCCAGUUUCACUGGGCAGAAAUAUAAGGGACACCAUAAGACAGACACAGGCGUCUUUUUCUCUGCAACUCUCUCUAAAAAUUCAAGAUCCGAAGUCUACUGCCCUUCCUAAAUCUGAAAAUCUGGAGCCUCGUUUAUCUGAUGUCGUGCCCAGUACUGAAGACACAUACUCACUCACAUUCCUGAACCACUCUUCCCAGUACUGUAGAUACAUACACCCAUCUCCAGACCACUAUAUCCAGUACUACAGCUCUUCAGGCCCCUCCCUUUUCCUUUGUCUCUGAUGCUGAGGAAUCAUGGUGGAUGCUUUCAGUUCUCGUCUUUUCAUUUGGAAGUCCAGGUUAUCUCCAGGAUAUAUUGUCAUGUGGAAACAGUAUUUUCAUUUUUUCCAUCGAGGGUGUAUGGAUAAAUGGCCAAAAGAUGAGACACUUGCACCAAUGCCAAAUGGACUGCUACAGUGGUAAUGCAUGAAUUUCAGGCCCUGUCCUAACUGCUUGACAAACCUUCCUCUCUUUCCCUCCUGUUCCCUGUAAAGACCAGAAUGGAAUAACCUGAAUAGUGAGACCGCCAAUUUCCUGCCACUCAGUCUUUAAGUAGAAAUGUAACACAAUAAAUACCCCAACACACAUUUUACCCCCAGCACUUCAAACACCCUGACCCAUGGGACCUGUUUUUCAGAUAAUUUGACGUAAAUAAAUUGAGCAAAACGUGUUGUAGCAUGCUCUGUCUGACAUCAGCAGGUUUUAGGACUUGGACACGCCCUCACAUCUUGGAUACUGCUGUGUCUGGAGGAUGGGGGUGGUGACAUAAAAAUGCUGAGCAAUCAUUCCUCUGGCCUGAGUGGGUUUGCUGUACUGUUAUUGUAAAUGGACGUUGCCUUUUCACUGAUGUUUUUCCACAUUUGAACCUCUGUAUCCUUGUUAUAAGUGUUUGAACAGGAGAAGCUAAUGAAAUGAAGGACACAAGUGUGAACUGAAGUCUGUAAAUACUCCAGAGCAUAGUUCCCUGUUUGUUGGACUUGUUAGUAGUUUUAAGGCCUUUCGAUUAGAGCUGAAUAGUAUUUUCAUUAGCAAUACACAGCAGGGUUAUGAGUCACUCAUAAUGCUUAUGUCAAUAACAUUACACUCGCACAUAAACCACCUUCCCUUCAUUCCAUUAUGUGGAGUAUCCAGUAAGUGGAAAUGUCAUGUUCUUUGGAGGUAAUAAUACGUUAUGUAGUGCUAAUGAGGCCAUCAUGGAGCUCUUUCGUAGGACUCUACAGCUAAGGCAUGAGUCUUACAUUGGUAACAGACUCUUAUACAUCCACAGCAUGUGCUCUGAUUGGACAGUCACAGG